CUCUCUCUCUCUCUCUCGCUCAGCCCAAAAGGGAAACUUGUCCGAAGAUUAAGGUUUAGAGGAGAAGAUGAGAUUGGCACGUCAUAUCCCAAUCAGAUGCAAGCUGAAGCUAUACGUAUCUGUUUAUGUAUAAUAUAAACACGCAUGUUUUGUUGUUUACGAUCGUCGUAGUCGUUUUUCCUUCUCGAUCGUCUUCUCUGUUGCUAUCGUCGCAGCCAUGCAUAGAUUUCUCGUAAGAGUCUCCUCCGCUUCCAAUCCCCUGAAAAACUCGAGGAACCGGAGAGCAAUUUCGCCUCCAUUGGGUUCAUCAAGCUCUUCAGAUCCCUUUACUGCUUCUGGAUGUGCUCCGAAACGGACGAGCUGUACUUACCGGUGGGGUUCUCCAAUUGGGUACCCUUAUUCCACCCAUUUGUUUCGAAAUUUACAAACUUUAAGCUCUCAGAUCCGCUUCCAUGGCGGUUCCUCAUCUGGGUAUUGGACAAAAGUUAACAAUUCGAGGAAUUUUGGGUUAAACGGAAGUGGGUCUGUCCGGAAUCUCAGUAAUGGAUCAGGAAGAGAGUCAAUAGAGUACGACGUUGUGAUUGUCGGAGCUGGACCGGCCGGAUUGUCUGCUGCUAUACGUUUGAAACAAUUGUGCCAAGAAAAGAAUGCUGAUUUAUCAGUAUGUGUCGUUGAGAAAGGUGCAGAAGUAGGAGCACAUAUCCUAUCUGGAAAUGUUUUCGAACCUCGAGCUCUGGAUGAACUUCUCCCGCAAUGGAGGCAAGAACAGGCACCCAUUCAAGUCCCUGCUUCUUCAGAUAAAUUUUGGUUUCUGACAAAGGACCGUGCGCUCUCACUUCCUUCUCCUUUUGAUAACAGAGGAAACUAUGUUAUUAGUUUGAGCCAAUUAGCGCGAUGGCUGGGAGGAAAGGCUGAAGAACUGGGGACGGAGAUAUACCCUGGUUUUGCUGCCAGUGAGGUGUUGUUUGAUGCGAAUGACAAUGUUGUUGGGAUUGGAACCAAAGAUAUGGGAAUAGCCAAGGAUGGUUCCAAGAAGGAGAAUUUUCAGCCAGGUGUUAACAUAAAAGGUCGAGUCACACUAAUUGCAGAGGGAUGCCGAGGAUCAUUGUCUGAAAAAAUAAUAAAGAAGUAUAAACUACGAGAAGAGGUGCACGCCCAACAUCAGACCUAUGCUUUGGGAAUCAAAGAGGUCUGGGAAGUAGAUGAAAAUAAGCAUAAGCCCGGAGAAGUUCUUCACACACUGGGUUGGCCCUUGGAUCAAAAGACAUAUGGUGGUUCUUUUAUGUACCAUAUGAGUGAUAGACAGGUUGCUAUCGGCUUUGUAGUUGCCUUGAAUUACCACAACCCUUUCUUGAACCCUUACGAGGAAUUUCAGAAACUCAAACACCAUCCUGCCAUUAAAGCUACCUUGGAAGGUGGUAGUGUGCUUCAGUAUGGAGCUCGCACUUUAAAUGAAGGCGGCUUUCAGUCCAUUCCAUAUCCAGUUUUUCCUGGAGGAGCAAUAAUUGGAUGCUCGGCCGGCUUUCUGAACGUUCCCAAGAUAAAGGGAACUCACACUGCAAUGAAAUCAGGAAUGCUAGCAGCUGAAGCUGCAUUCAGUGCGAUUCAUGAAGGUCUGAACAUGAACACAUAUUGGGACAACUUGAGGAAUUCAUGGGUGUGGAAAGAGCUUUACGCAGCUCGGAACUAUCGACCUGCAUUUGAGUACGGGCUACUCCCGGGAUUGGCCAUAAGCGCUGCCGAACACUACUUACUGAGAGGAAAGGCUCCUUUCACUCUCAAACACGGGAAGCCAGAUCAUGAAGCAACAAAUCUUGCUCGGCUACACACUCCUAUUGAGUAUCCAAAACCCGAUGGCCUUUUGUCCUUCGACAUGGCAAACUCUUUAUACAGAAGUAACACCAAUCAUGAUCAUGACCAACCUUCUCAUCUGCGCUUGAGGGAUCCCAAGAUUCCCGAAAACGUCAACUUGCCUGACUAUGCUGCACCAGAGUCACGUUACUGCCCUGCCCGUGUAUACGAGUAUGUGGCUGAUGAAGAGGGUAAGCCGAGGCUGCAUAUCAACGCGCAGAACUGUUUACACUGCAAGGCAUGUGACAUCAAAGACCCAAAGCAGAACAUUGAGUGGACAGUGCCUGGAGGCGGUGGAGGCCCUUCUUAUUCCCUUAUAUUUCCCCGUGGGCCACACUCGAUCAGGGUCUAGUGAGGGUUGGAUACCCAAGCUUCAUGUAUUCGGUCGAUGAGACAGGUAAGGAAGGACGAAAAAGAAAUGAUGUGAUAAAAGAGGGUGAAGUAACGAUGGGGCGACAUAAAAAUGGCCAAGGUUGCAAGGCCUCGAGAAAAGAGGGGGCAAGAUCGCGAAAACGGAGAAGAAAGAUAUCCAUAGAAAAUGACUGAAGGCGAAGGCAGAGACGAGACAAGCAAUGAGGUAUCGAUCUCGGAGGCGUGGGGAAUGGGAUGAACUCUCUCUCUCCCUCUAGAAGUGAAACCUUAAUUUUAAAAUGCGGGACUAGUUAGCAUCUACUGACCACCGAGUUACUGACCUCACGGCCUCACACCCCUCACCCUCUCUCCCUCUCCUUUCGGCUCGGUUUACCCAUGGGUACGGGUACUCGCUGGCCAAAACCCAAAUCCGAACCCCAAAGGGUCCCACCGAUGAGAGACCCAUGCUCAUUCUCUCCCCGCCCGAAUACCUGAAUUUCGGAUACCCCUAAACACAUGCUGAUUUCUUAUGGUAGGUCGUUUUGUUCGCAACGCAUGUAAUAAAGUCAUUAAGGCAAAUGCCCAAAUGCAAAAUUCUUACGACGGCCCUGACUUGAUACAUGAACUAGCAGUCAUCAUCAUGGCAUGAUUCGCCCGAUGAUUCAUUAAUGAAUCAAUAUGGUCACAGAAGCUCGAUAUGAGACAAAACAGGCUUUCAAGUAUUCAUGUCUCUAUCAUGUUGCCGUGAAUUUUUUUUCUCUCUUUGAAGAAUUUUGUUAACCUCUACAAGAGUUGGAUAAACCUAAUCACAGCACAAACACACACUAGCGACCGAAGACAGAUGCUUUACAAGUGCAUUUCUAGUUUCCACACAUAAGCAAAUGGGUGGUUUUACAAUUGUGUGAAUACCCAUGAAAAUUUCAUUAGCAUAAACUCCAUGACAACUAACACAAAGCAAAUCAAGCCACAUGCAGGCAGGCUGGCAGGGUAAAAUAUAUGCACAGAAGUUGCAGGAAGACGCACAGAAUAUACAACGCAAUCCUAACCUUCACAUGCUUUCAUGGCGUCUAUCAGAAAAUGCACACUUAAAGCUUCUAAUACUACAACAGAAGAU